UGUGGGGUUGUGAUCUUCAGUAAAGGAAACAAGGAGCCCCAAUCAAAACGCUUGACCCUUCAUUAGAAUAAUUCCAGCCUUACCCAUCUCACCCCCCUAAUGACUAUGGGUAAGAAACACACUGUGUCAGCCUCUUUAACAUAAAAAAAUCAGCAUUUGAGGAAAAAUCAGGCUGAAGCAAAUGUAAUCCUAUUAAAGAGACCAUCAUUAUAAAACUUUAUGGACACAAAUCACUCUAUCCCCUACCAUCUACCUUUGGGGCAUGGCAAGAUGAAUGUCUUCAUACGAUGAUGAUGGCUAAAAAGCAAGAUUCCCGGGUGCCUAUCUACAAUUUGGUUGUAGUUGGCUUGUCGGGCACAGAAAAAGAGAAGGGCCAAUGCGGUGUGGGCAAAUCUUGCCUUUGUAAUCGCUUUGUUCGUCCCAGUGCUGAUGAUUUUCACCUGGACCACACAUCAGUGUUGAGCACUAGUGACUUUGGUGGUCGAGUUGUCAACAAUGACCAUUUUUUAUUCUGGGGAGAAGUCGGCCGAGUUCUAGAGGAUGGGUCGGAGUGCAGAAUGCAUGUGGUUGAGCAAACCGAGUUUAUUGAUGACCAGACGUUCCAACCACACCGCAGCACUGCCUUGCAGCCAUACAUCAAACGGGCUGCUUCCACUAAAUUAGCCUCUGCCGAGAAGCUAAUGUAUUUCUGCACGGACCAGCUGGGUCUUGAGCAGGACUUCGAACAAAAACAGAUGCCUGAGGGAAAGCUGCAGGUGGAUGGAUUUCUGCUUUGUGUCGAUGUGAGCAGGGGAAUGAACCGUAACUUCGAUGACCAGAUGAAAUUUGUCUCCAACCUGUACAAUCAUCUGAGCAAAACAAAAAAGCCUGUUGUUCUGGUCCUCACUAAGUGUGACGAGGGUGUGGAGCGCUACAUCAAAGAUUCUCAUACCUUUGCCAUUACUAAAAAGAACUUGCAGGUUGUUGAGACGUCAGCACGGUCAAAUGUCAAUGUAGACCUUGCUUUCCUGACCUUGAUACAGCUCAUUGAUAAGGGGAGGGGCAAGCCUAAAAUUAUACCUUACUUUGAAGCACUCAAACAUCAGAGUCAAUUGAUAGCUUCAGCAAAGGACCGCUAUGAAUGGUUGGUGAACCACAUUGUUAAAAAUCACAAUGAGACCUGGCCAAACAUCAGCAGGCGUAUGCAGACCUCCCCAGAGUACAAGGAGUAUGUCUUCUUAGAAGGUACAGCGAAGGCCAAAAAGCUUUUCCAGCAGCAUAUUCACCGCCUUAAGCAAGAACACAUAGAGAAGCGUCGCAAGGCCUAUUUGAGCAUGCUCCCACUGGCCUUAAGUUCCUUAGUAUCAGAGCUGGACGAAAUAGAGCAUUUGAGUUGGUCAGGGGUUCAGAAAGUCCUAGAGUCCAAGAAGGACUUUGACCAUUGGUUUGUGGUACUUGAAGAUGCACCGUGGGAAGAGACACCACACCUUGACAACAUGGAAGACGAACGUAUCCCCUUUGAUGUGUUGGAUACAACUGCAGCAGAGAUCAUAUUUGAUGCUCAUCUCGAGCACUUGCGCAAUGAAUGCAAGCGUGCCGAGAUGCGACAGGAAUUCAAGGCUAAACUAGCGACUUCACCCUUUGUGACCCCAGGUAGGCCCUGGGAAGAGGCCCGCAGUUUCAUAAUGAAUGAAGACUUUUACCAGUGGCUUGAGGAACCAGAAUAUUUGGACAUCUACAAUAGGCACCAGAAGGCAAUCAUUGAUAGAGCAAAGGAGGACUUCCAAGAACUUCUCCUGGAGUACUCUGAGCUUUUCUAUGAGCUAGAGGUGGAUGCCAAGCCCAGUAAGGAAAAGAUGAGUGCAAUUCAAGAAGUGCUCGGUGAGGAACCACGCUUCAAGGCACUGCAGAAACUGCAAGCUGAAAGAGAUGCUCUGGUGUUGAAACAUAUCCAUUUUGUUUACCAUCCUACUAAAGAGACUUGUCCUAGUAGCCCACACUGUGUUGACAACAAAAUAGAGCAGAUAUUAGCCUCAUGCUUCCCCACACGGUACCCUUCCUAUGGAAGAUCCCACAUGAGUGAUGGCAAGGCAGACAGAAUCAACCUAGUGAUUUUAGGGAAAGAUGGUUUAGCAAGAGAACUAGCCAAUGAGAUUAGAGCAUUGUGUACUAGUGAUGACCGUUACGUGCUGGAUGGAAAGAUGUAUGAGUUGAUUCUUCGUCCCAUUGAGGGCAAUGUGAGGCUUCCAGUUAAUUCCUUCCACACUGCCACAUUUUCUCCCCAUGGGUGUCUGUGUUUGUACAACUCAAAGGAAUCUCUCUCUUAUAUUGUAGAGAGUACAGAGAAGUUACGCGAAUCAACGCUUGGCAGGAGGGAUAGCCAUCUAACUCAGCUUCCUCUAUCCCUCCUGUUAGUCACAAAAAGAGGUGCUGGAGGAUUAGGUGAAAUAGGUGGGGAUACUGCCCAGUCACUAAUUUCACAGGGACAACAGGUAGCCAUAAAACUACAGUGCAACUACUUGGACCCUGGCUCACUAGGCACAGGCUAUGGACGCAAUGUGAAUGAAAAGCAGAUUAAUCAGGUUUUGAGAGGUCUUCUUGACAUUAGAAGGAGUGCAGCUUUUCGCAACAGCUCUCCACCCCCUCCCCCUAUACCUCCAAGCAUCAAAGACUUGCAACAGGAUCCCAGUCCCGAGGCAGACUUGCGAAUCGUCAUGUGCCUCAUGUGUGGAGACUCUUAUGACGUUGACCAACUUCUUUCACCAUUUUUACUGCCUCAGCAUUGUAGACCAACCUCUCCCCAAGCUAGCAGUACAUCAGUACUGCUGGAACAGAUGGUUGCUGGUCAUAGGCAGACCAUUGAGCUUUUGCUGCUCUCCUACCAUGCAUCAUUCACCAUGCGCAAGAGUCGACUGGUGCACGGCUAUAUUGUUGUGUACUCUGCUCGCCGCAAGGCUUCGCUGGAGACUCUGUGUGCCUUUUUGUGUGAGGUUCAGGACAUAAUUCCAGUCCAGAUCCUGGCUGUAGGGGAAACCCAAGCUGAGCUUACAGACUCUGAGACUGCACGAGAGCUGCUAGUCCAAGGUGAGGAGCUGGCUCAAGAGAUUGAGGGUCGCUUCAGCAGUGUGGUGUGCGGCCCAGGUGGAGUUGUCGGAGGACUACACAGAAUAGACCUAUUGCAAUCAUUCUUCAUGGAAGUAGUAGAGAAACGGACCAUUGUGGAGGCUACUCACAUGUAUGAUAAUGUAGCUGAGGCUUGUAGCACAAAUGAGAAUGUGUACUCCCCCCGAUGUGGUUCACCAAGCCCUGUCACAAUGAUUUUAGACUCUGAGGAAGAUAUGGAGGCUUCCCCGCCUUACCAUGAAGGUACGCUUACCUCUCAUGGUGGAUUUAAACUGCAUGAUCUGGAACCAGGUGACACAUUCUCUGUCAUUUCUGAUCUCAGCACCUUUGAGAAUAAACUCAACAACAAAGUCCCACCACAAGUGAAACCCAAACCUUGUGUCAGCUUCGACCUUCGAAAGACCAACUUCAGCCCCUACAUGGAUCCAGUCAGCCAUCGUCGAUCACUUACCUCCAAUGUAACUUGGCCGCCCAGUGGGGAUGGGUUGUAUGACCCUUCAGACUAUGCAGAGCCGAUGGAUGCUGUUUCGAAGCCUCGUCCCAGUCAUGAGGAGAGCAUUUACUCUGUGCCGCAUGACAGCACUCAGGGUAAGAUCAUCACUAUUCGCAAUGCUAACAGGAUGCACUCCAAUGGUGGAGGCAACAGUUCUGACAGUGAGGGAGAUGGAAGCUCUUUGGAGCGCCGACGAAAGUUGUCAGCUGCAGGGGUUAAGCCCCGACUGUACCGGGAUCGUUCCAAGCGCUUGGGGAAGUUCAGCAGCUUCCGUACCAGUUUCUCUAUUGGCAGUGAUGAUGAGCUUGGGGCUCUCCAGAAGACGAAGGAGGAUGAGGUGGCAGUGUUGAAGGGUGACUCCCUCAACGAGGAAGGGGAAGAUCCCAAGAAGAGAAACAUCUGGAGUCUGCGUCGACCGGGAAAGAAAACAAGACCAAAGCCUCGACACUCUAUCUCUAAGCCUAUGGAGAGCAACUACUUUGGAGUGCCUUUGGUUAAUGUUGUCUCCCCAGACAGACCUAUUCCAGUCUUCAUUGACAAGUGCAUCCGAUAUAUAGAGGCAACUGGACUGACCACUGAGGGCAUAUACAGAGUGAGUGGAAACAAGGCUGAGAUGGAAAGCAUGCAGAGACAGUUUGAACAAGACCAUAACUUGGACCUGGUAGAGAAGGACUUUACAGUAAAUACAGUGGCAGGUGCCCUGAAGAGCUUCUUCUCUGAGCUUCCUGAGCCUCUGGUACCAUACAGUUUGCAGGUGGAGCUAGUGGAGGCUUUCAAGAUCAAUGACAGAGAGCAGAGGCUACACACCAUGAAAGAUGUGCUGAGGAGGUUUCCUCGUGAGAACUAUGAUGUCUUCAAGCAUGUCAUGAGCCACUUAAACAAGGUGAGCCAGUGGAAUAGGGUUAACCUGAUGACCAGUGAGAAUCUGUCCAUCUGUUUCUGGCCCACGCUGAUGCGUCCUGACUUCACCACUAUGGAUGCUCUGACAGCCACACGCACCUACCAGACAAUCAUCGAAACCUUCAUUCACCAGUGCGCUUUCUUCUUUUACAACCAGCCUCCUGCUGAAUCUCCCACGGGCCCAUUUGGACCUCCUGGACCUCUGGUGCCCUCCGGCCUGCCCCCUUCCCCAACCACCUCCUGCUGUCCCCCACCCCAACAUUUUAGCCCCCUGUUACAAUCGCCCCCUCACUCCCCCCCUCAGAGCCCCCACACCACCCCAGCUGAACCACAGACACUGUGA